CUUGGAUCAAUACUAAGUGUGAGUAGAUCUCAUCUUCGUGUAGAAGUGCUUACUAGUUUCGUCAUCGUGUGGAAGUAUUAGAAGUUUCGUCUAUUGAUAUUACAUGUAGUUGUAUUAAAGAUAUAGAAUUUAUCAUGACGGUCGCCGGCGAAGCAGUUUCAAAUCCAGUUUCUCAAGAAAUUAUAGCCAGCAGUGGGGAACAUGAAAAAAAGGAAACGAAAAGAAUGAUAAGGGAAAAAGAUACAAAAGCGGCUGAUUAUGAUCAUCUUCGUCUUCCCGACAUUUGGGAACUGAAGGGCGACUACUACCAGGUCUUGGGCCAUGCGUGGGAUUAUGCAUUGCAAAUAUGUCUGGGUCUGGAGGAAUGCCACUUGUGAUGCUGCAUUUGGAUUCCAAAAAAGUCUGCAUUGCAUGAGCAGCAAAGGGAGUCUAAUUUUUGCUACGCAAAGAGGGCAUUUGUCAUGCGGAAUAGGCAACAUCAAGAAGCCCUCAAAAAGUCUGUGACGCUAGGGCAUGCAUCACAGACGUCAUGGCUCAUGCAAAACGUGCAUGACAAGUCUCAGAAUGUUCCAGACCCAGACAUAUUUGCAUUUGAUAGGGGUCACGAGGUGAAGGACUUCAAGGUGAUCUACCGUCCGCUGUACCACUGCACCGCCAAGCCCGACCGCUUUCAGGCACACUACCUCGCCGCGUCGCAUUUUGCUCGUUGGGAAAGCAAGUUCCACAAGGUCGUCUACGCUUCGAGAAGGGAGUACGAAGAACUUGUCCCGGAGAAGGUCAGGAAGUUCGUGCUAGCCGGUCCGUUCUGGCACGAUCCGAUGUGGACCGCAGAACGCGGUUUCGCGGAACGGACGGCGCCGCGGAGAAGGGAGGACGGGGAGACGCGUCAUCGACACAGUGUCGUGCCAGCGAAAGUAGUAAAAGUAGAGAGCAUGAUGAUCUCCAGCACAAGGGAAGUAGGAGACGUUCCCUCGACUGACACUGGCCAUCGGGAGGUGGUCGUGGGCGAUAAGACUCAAGAUCCACCCUUGCCUCGAGGUGAUGAAAUGACGAAGCCAUCUUCUCAGCCGGCUGAAAAUGCUCAAGAAGAUGACAACGCAACGUGCUCGCUGGGAACGCGGACGCACGAGAAAAAGGAUUUCAUGCUGCAGGAACACGAAGACGAAGCGAGAUUGUCUUGCUGAGUGAAAUCACCGGUAUCGAAAUUAAUAUCGCAAAGAGUGUGAUCCGGUUUGUUUUUUUUUUACUGCGGGAAGAUAAGUUCUUCUUCUUCAUCUAAGUACUUCUACUUUCAUGACUUUCUCGACCGUGCCCCAAGGCUGCCGCUGGGGCAGAAAUUGCCAUGUUGCCCCUGAAAGCAAUUCAAAAACUACAAGUGAAAAGAAUUCCGUUUUUAUUCGUCAACAUUAUGACAAGAAGAAGAAUAUGGAUAUGCAGUUCCGUCCUCGUCCCUUGAUGCAGU